AAGGUCGUCCUCAUCGGGCCCGGGUCAGUAGGCAAGACCUCUUUGCGACAGGCAUAUUUUACGAAUCGAUUCCAGCACAACUACAAGGCGACUAUUGGCGCCGACUUCGAAGCCAAGGUCGAAGCACCGCGCAAAGCCACACUUACCAUAUGGGACACGGCAGGUCAAGAACGCUUCAGAGCCUUAGGCUCUGCCUUCUAUCGGGGAGCAGAUGCUGCAUUGGUGUGCUUUGAUGCCUCCAGCGAGGAUGCG